CGCCGAGUUCCUGUGGCUGCUGCGGCUCGGAGUAUGGGGCGCUGAUGGCCAUGGACGGCUACAGAGGCUUCUUGGGGCUGCUGGUGUCAGCACUGCUCGUCGGCUUCCUGUCCGUGAUCUUCACUCUCAUCUGGGUCCUCCACUACCGGGAGGGGCUCGGCUGGGACGGGACCGGGCUCGAGUUUAACUGGCACCCGGUGCUCCUGGUCACCGGCUUCAUCUUCAUCCAGGGCAUCGCCAUCAUCGUAUACAGACUGCCAUGGACCUGGAAAUGCAGCAAGCUUCUGAUGAAAUCCAUUCAUGCAGGCUUACACUCCGUGGCUGCCAUUCUUGCAAUUAUUGCUCUGGUGGCUGUUUUUGAUUUCCACAAUGCUGGGAAUAUCCCCAAUAUGUACAGUCUGCACAGCUGGAUUGGAUUGAUAGCCGUCAUACUUUACUUCUUACAGCUUUUCCUAGGUGUUUUCAUUUUCCUGCUUCCUUUGGCUUCACUUUCUCUCCGUGCAAUUCUCAUGCCCAUACAUGUGUAUUCUGGACUUCUCAUAUUUGGAACAGUGAUUGCAACAGCACUUGUGGGAUUGACAGAAAAACUGUUUUUUGUCCUGAAAAAUCCCGCAUAUAAUUCAUUGCCACCAGAAGGUGUUUUCACAAAUACUCUCGGCCUUCUGAUUCUGCUGUUCGGAGCCUUCAUUUUUUGGAUAGUCACCAGACCACAAUGGAAACGUCCUCAAGAACCAAAUUCUAUCUUACUUCAGCCAAACGAAGGCACUACAGAGGGAGUGGACAGCUCCACAGCAAUGAACUCUGGCAACGUGGACAAAUCGGAUUCAGAGUUAAACAAUGAAGUAGCAGCAAGGAAAAGAAACUUCACCCUUGAUGAUGCUGGACAGAGAUCCACUAUGUAAAAUGUUGGCGUGUGUAACUUCACUUGUACUAAUUAGCCCUACAGGUUAUCUUCUCCUAUUUAGCCAUAAGAUGAUUGUACUACAUAGUGUCAAUAUUUAUUUUAAUCAUAAAGUAGGAUUUCUUGAAAGACUAUGUAUUGAUUGGGACCUGUGAACUUAUCUGAAUUGGAAAGGACAUGAUCAAUAUAAAUAAUA